UCAAAAAAACUGAGCGGCAGCAGCAGCCAGCAGCUUUUCAAACCCUUUCAUCGAUGUGAGGGCUGGGGCAGGCUCUCUACAAUAACGGAUGACCGCUGUGGCUUUCAGGGGACGGAAACAGAGACAGAGAGGCUGCUGAAACGUCUUUUUGUACGAUCUCCUCAGCUUUGUUUCUUCAUCCUGCACCAUCCAUCUCACCAUGGACAGCCUGCUGAGCGGGGCCAGUAAAGGGGCCAGUGCCCUCCAGUCAGCUCAGACCUCAUCACGUCAUAGAUGUCGCUUGCUGUCUUUACCUUUGUAUGACUGACUGUUGGGAAACAAUAAAGCCUGAAUUCCUGUUAACUUUAACAAAAGAGUCAUGCAUCCGCUGCUGUCCCUCUGCGUCUUUUGGCUGCUUCCCCUGACCUUGACACUUGAAGAAGACUCACCACUAGACUGUGUCCCCCGCAGAUCUGUGCCUUACCAUAGGGACAAUGCACACCUGUUUUGGGAAGAGGGAGUGUUCAACUACUCCACCAUGCUGUUGAGAGAAGAUCUUAACCUACUCAUGCUGGGUGCCAGGGAGGCAGUGUUUGCCCUUGACCUCAAAGACAUCUCCAAGAAACAUGCUUCAGUGAAAUGGAAAGUGACACAAAAGCAAGAAGAAGAGUGUAAAAACAAAGGAAAGGAUCCUGAGACGGAGUGUAAGAACUACAUCAGGGUCCUGCAAAAGAUGGAGGACAACAGGAUGUAUGUUUGUGGAACAAAUGCUUUUGAUCCAGAAUGUGAUUACAUGUCUUAUGCUGAUGGAAAUCUCACUCUUGAGAAGGCGGCAGAGGAUGGGAAAGGACUAUGUCCAUUUGAUCCUUUCCAAAGAUAUGCCUCCAUCAUGUUUGAAAACAGCCUGUACUCAGCUACUUCAAUGAAUUUUCUGGGAUCUGAACCUGCCCUGAUGCGCAGCAAUCCCAACCCUAUACGCACUGAGUUCAAGAGCUCCUGGCUUAAUGAGCCCACCUUUGUCUCCUUGACUGAGAUGCCAGAGAGUCAGCAGAGUGAGAGUGGAGAUGAUGACAAGGUGUACAUGUUUUUCAGCGAGACAGCUGUUGAGUGUGACUGCUACAACAAACUGGUGGUCUCCCGUGUGGCCCGUGUCUGCAAGGGGGAUCUUGGAGGUCAAAGGACAUUGCAGAAAAAAUGGACAUCCUUCCUGAAAGCCAGAAUGGACUGUCCAGUGCUCGAAUCUCAGCUACCUUACAUUAUCCAGGACACAUACCUCUGGUGUGACAAACAGAAACACUGGAGGGACUGUUUGUUCUUUGCCGUCUUCACACCACAAUCGGACACAUCGGACCUCUCUGCAGUGUGUGCAUACCGCGUGUCGGACAUCAGCAAAGUGUUUACAGAGGGGAAGUACAAGACCCCGGUCCAUGUAGAAACCUCCUUUGUUAAGUGGGUGAUGUAUAGUGGAGAUGUCCCCUUCCCUCGGCCCGGAGCUUGCAUAGACAAUGCUGCUCGUAAAGAGGGCAUAAAUCAGACUCUGGGCCUCCCAGACCGGACCCUUCAAUUUAUCAAAGAUAGGCCCCUCAUGGACCAAGCCAUCCAGCCAAUAGACGAGAAGCCUAAACUGGUGCGAAGGGGAGCUACAUUCACACGCAUCAUAGUGAACCAAGCACAGGCGGCAGAUGGCAACAAGUACCACGUGAUGUUUGUUGGCACAGAGGAAGGCACACUGCUGAAAGCUGUGAACUAUGAUGAGGAGAUGUUCAUCAUAGAAGAAAUACAACUCUUUGAGCCCCAAGAGCCAAUCAAGAUCCUGAAAUUCUCUGAUGCCAUGGGUCAGAUCUAUGCAGGCUCAGACUAUGGAGCAGCACAGGUUCCCCUGGCUACCUGUCACAGAUCCUCAUCCUGUAUGGACUGUGUGCUUGCCAGAGACCCAUACUGCGGCUGGGACAUAGUUGAAAGGAAAUGCAUUUUCCUUUCAACUUCACAAAGAGAACUGAUCCAAAGUGUGAAAGAUGGCAAUGCAUCUGACUGCCCGGAUGCUGAUCCUGUGAAGCCCAUAAUUCAGUCUAUCUUGCCCGGGGGAAACCUGAAGCUGCAUUGCACUUCACCAUCCAACCUAGCAAAAACAGCCUGGGAGCGUGAUGGCAGCCCUCUGACCCCUGCAACUCGCCUGCAGUUCCUGCGAGAUGGACUGCUCAUCCUCAAUGCCUCAGACUCAGACGCUGGUCGGUACCGGUGCCUCUCCAUCGAGCACUCCAAAGCUGAUAAGUACUCCACCACUGUGGCAGAGUACCAGGUCAGCAUUGGCACAACAGGCACAGGAAAUAGGACUGUAAUUGUUCCCCAGCCUCAGGUGGAAAGCCCCUCAGUGGCUGGACUUCAGGUGGUGGUUGCGCUCCUUCUAGUUUCUCUUCUUGCUCUUUUGGCGUGGAAUUUUUACAAAGGCCAUAUCCCACUGCCCUGGAACUGCAGAAAGAGGAACAGUGCGCAAUCUCUGGAGACCCAUGAGCAGGACGGCCUGAGCCGAAACGCACUGAGGCUUGAGGUGGCUGAGGAGAAGCCUUUGGUGUUGGGAACAGACAACGGCCGCAGUAAUAACAACCACACAGGGGGGGAAGCGGCAUUUAAUGCUGCAGACGAGCAUGAGGAUACAGUAACUCUACCAACCCUGAAGUAUAUUGAUGACGAGUCAGAAAUCUGAAUGACAAAAACUUUACAUUUCCAUCUGGAGUCAGGGCUUGAACAGUGUCUGUGGAGCCAAAAAAUGUAUUUUUACCAGGGAGAUACCCGGACUCAUCAGCUAAGCUGUAAUAUUUUAGAGUUACAAUUCCAAUUAAGGGGGGCAUUUACAACAGGAUGGACUACAAGAACUACAGACUUACAGAGACUAUGAACUGAUGAGCACAUCUGAACACACCAAGAUAUUUUUUGUACAAAUGAUACACACUUGAAUUUCCACUUUAGUUCUUGUUUUCUUUUACUGUACUUGCAAAUCCUUUUUGGGUCCCAUUUUAGUAUAAAAUAUCUUGUGAAAUUUGUAUUGUUUUCACCUGGAAUGUACAAUAAAUAAAUUUGAGCCAUU